AUUUUUUUUUUUGGUCUUUAUUCUUUAGCAUUCAUCAGUAAAAUGAAACAGUAUGAGAACUUGUGAAGCUGUGUAUCUGAAGGCUGAAGCCCUACCUCAUCUGUAAUGAGAAUGUUCUCAUUGUGUUGUGUAAGCCCCCAGCUGUCCUUUAGUUGUAUUGAUCUUUCUUUAAAUACUCUCAGUUAUCAGAGUAAAUUAUUUAGAGCGGCACCAGAUAGGCAAUAUGCAAAGAUAGGUUGAAACCUGGAAGAGUCCAAAGGGGAUUCGUGAUUUUUGUCUGUUGCCAAGAGAAACGGAGGUCUCGCUGUGUUAUUUAGGGAUGCCUCUCUGAUCAAGGUGCCCUAGAAAAUUGAACUCACUGUAUGUUUUUGAAGGAAAUGUCACGUGACAACUUGUGAGAGCUUUUGUUCUGUGAUGAUUUUUUAAGUUGCUGCACGUCUUAUAGGAGAUUGUUGUAGGUUUUGAGUACUGCAGCCAUCAGAGAUGAAGGCUAAAUAGUACAUGUGGGCCUAAAGCUUUACUUUCUAUUGCUUCUACUUUUUAUUGUACCAAUGUGGUAAGGUAGGCAAGUAUUUUAACUGGCUGAUUUGUUUUAAUUGUUAAUACUUACUUGUAUAUUUAAAUCAACAAGCACAGUGUGAUUUUUCACAUUAGAGAGUGACAUUGCAAUCUCACAGUAUCAAGGGGGUUAAUGGGGAGUAUUUUUUUUUUAUGUGCACUUGUACAAUGUACCUUGUCUUUUUUUUCCUCCAUGUGAUCUUUCUUGUCACUGUACUUAGCAGCAGCAGUCAGUGGCACAAGGCCAUGGUACAUUGCUAAAGCUCUCAAACAUAACUUAGUGGAGAAAACACCUUGUAUCAAAAACUCAUGUUCUGUCCCUGUGUUCAGUGGGCCUAAUGGCUUAUUAAUUAGUGUUACACAGAUUAGUUGACCUUAGGGAUUUAAAAAAAAAGUGUGUGUGUAUGUAUGUAUGUAUGUAUGUAUGUAUGUGUAUAUAUAUAUAUAUAUAAAAAUGUAUGGCGCCAGUGAACUCUAAUGGUCCAGUAAGGUAUAAUGAAACUCUAAACUAUAUUUUAUUGUUGUGUUGCAGUGUGGUAUACACACAGUUCAGAAAGGUGAUUGUGAGAUUACCUUUUUGUCCUAGAUAACAAGUUUUUUUUGUCUUUCAGCAACUUGUUUAUGGAAGGAAUAACUUUUACUAAUCAGUUAAGUCCCAUUUAAAAUAAGGAAGUAGAACAUCUGUAAUUCUAUUCCAUUCUAAUAUACUGGCACAUAUGGAUACCUAAUUUAGUGGGAGUCUAGAUGUGUGAAUGACAACAGCCACAUGUCCCCUUGUGCUUGGUCAGCAUGGGACUGAGGAUUGGAUGUGUGAUUACGUGCUUUAGAAUAGAGGACCUUGUGAGGACAAAGGUCUGAGUUUCUUGUGCCAUUGCGGCGGCGUCUUCGCCCUCUCUGGUCCGGCCUGCGUGUUCCCCUCGCCCUCUCCAGUCUUCUGCCUGGGACUCCGCUAUUGCUCCUCCAGACACUUCGAGCAGCUCUGGCACAGAGAGGAGUACCGAGGCAGGCGGCUUGCGCGUCCUGAAAGUUACUACGACGACGUUUUGAAAUGAGCUGCUUUUAUUUUUUCGCAGUCGUUCUGGUUGGAGUCUGCGUUGUUUUUCUUCAUGGAGCUGAAGCCGGCCAGAACCCAGACCACGUGCUGCAGGGCACGGGCGUAAAGCAUGGCCCAGACUCCAGGAGGCCAGGGCCCGACUCCACCGUCGAGCCAGAGGACGCAGAACGCUUCCUCAGCUGUUACUGUUCAGGCCACUGCCCAGAGGGCGCCAAGAACAGCACGUGCAUGACAAAUGGCCAAUGCUUUGCCAUCAUCGAGGAAGAUGAAAAUGGAGACGUGUUUUUGAGCUCUGGCUGCAUGAAGUAUGAAGGCUCACAUUUCCAGUGCAAGGAUUCACAGUAUGCGCAGACUAGACGAACCAUCGAAUGCUGUCAGUCGGACUUUUGUAAUCGGGAUCUUAAGCCUGAACUGCCUCCCGAAAGCACAGAGAUGCCCUUUGGCCCACACUGGCUGGCCUUCCUCAUCUCAGUCACUGUGUGCUGCUGCACUCUCCUCUGCAUCAGUGUGGUCUGUUACUAUAGGUAUAAAUGGCAGACAGAGACGCGGCAUUACCACAGAGACCUCGAGCAAGAUGAAGCCUUCAUCCCAUCUGGAGAAUCUCUCAAAGACCUCAUCAACCAGUCCCAGACCUCAGGCAGUGGUUCUGGGCUCCCCCUGCUGGUGCAGCGGACCAUCGCAAAGCAGAUCCAGACAGUGCGCCUCAUCGGGAAAGGCCGCUACGGAGAGGUGUGGCUCGGCCGCUGGAGAGGGGAGAAGGUGGCGGUGAAGGUGUUCUUCACCCGCGAAGAAGCCAGCUGGUUCCGAGAGACUGAGAUCUACCAGACUGUUCUGAUGAGACACGAAAACAUACUGGGUUUUAUCGCGGCUGACAUAAAUGGCACGGGAGCUUCCACUCAGCUGUACCUGAUCACACACUACCACGAGAACGGCUCCCUCUACGACUACCUAAAGCUCAGCACCCUGGACACGCAGGCUCUGCUCCGGCUGGCCUACUCGGCAGCCUGUGGCUUGUGCCACCUCCACACGGAGAUCUAUGGAACGCAGGGAAAGCCGGCCAUCGCGCACCGCGAUCUCAAGAGCAAGAACGUCCUUGUCAAGAAAAACGGCACCUGCUGCAUCGCUGACCUGGGCCUGGCGGUCAAGUUCAACAGCGACACUAAUGAAGUGGACGUCCCUCUGAGUGGUCGUAUGGGGACGCGGCGUUACAUGGCUCCGGAGGUUCUGGACGAGACGCUGAAUAAGAACCACUUCCAGGCCUACCUCAUGGCCGACAUCUACAGCUACAGCCUGGUCGUAUGGGAAAUGGCCAGGCGCUGCGUCACAGGAGGCAUGGUUGAGGAGUACCAGCUGCCAUACUACGAGAUGAUCCCCUCAGACCCUUCCUAUGAAGACAUGCUGCAGAUAGUGUGUGUUAAAGGCCUUAGGCCUACUGUGUCCAACAGGUGGAACAGUGAUGAGUGCCUGAGGGCCAUGCUGAAGCUGAUGUCAGAGUGCUGGGCCCCCAAUCCCGCGUCUCGCCUCACCAUCCUGCGCAUCAAGAAGACCUUGGCCAAAAUGGUGGAAGCGCAGGACAUUAAAAUCUAAGUCACGUCCUGACGUGCACCUUUGACAAGUGCAGUUAGCGCUGUAACACUCCUGAGCGUUAAUGUUUCCUGUCGGGUGUGGAGGUUGGAGCCUGGCGCUCUGUCCCGGGGAGUGGGAAAGACGGGGGCCAGGAGCUGCUCUUUUUACCGUUCGAGCUGUGGAUCAGACAAGGAGCCGUGUGCUUUCUGUGAAAGCUGUGCGAUUACAGGCUUGGGAAGAAGGUGACUCGGUCAGAUCCCACCUGCUGGGAGGAAUAGUGUAGGAAUAAUGGAGACAUGACCUUUCUGCCUAAGUGAAGCUCACACCAAGCCAGGUCGUUUUUGCAGCAGCUCUGUAUGCAUUCGUGUCCCUUUAUUUUCUGGGAUGAACCUCACUUCCUGCCAUAUGGAAAAAUACUAAUGACUCUUUUCACCGAGUAAACUUAAAUAUACGUUGUUUUUGCUGUAAUAAUAAAUAUGUAAAUAAAAUUGUAAUAUUAGACUAUAUGCAAAGUAAAACUCACAGUGGUGUUCAGUGGUGGUCCACGGGGCUUCGCGCUGUGACAGGUUUGAGAUCAGAGUUAUUCCCACUACGUGUCCCGUUUAGUUGUUAAGGCAUGUGUACAUUAUUCAGCAAUCAGAAUUUUACACUGGUUGCCAUGAGAUGUGUCUCAAGAAAUAUUAACUCCUACUAUAAAGCGGUAUUUCUCAUCCUAAGGGGAUAUUUUUUAUCAUGACAGUUUAAAAAUGUAUCUCCUCACGAUGUUUUAGGUUUAUGUUUAGCUGUCAAGCCUUUUUGUGUCAAUCUUACCUACUCUUACUAAUCUAAUCAGUAUCUGGCUGCAAGAAUUCCAAGACGACACCAACCUUAGUUUACCAAGUGUGGUGGUCAGGAAAAGCAGAUCUCCUUUGAUUUUCUGUUCUGUAAUGCCACACCUUUAUUAUUUGGUGCCAAGUCCACCCCCCUAAAAGAACAACUUGAAUACCAAUGUUUGUGUCCUGCAAUUGAAUGGGUUUAUGCACACAUGAAGUAUUAUGGGACAGUACUACUUUUAGUGCCAGACUAAUUACACUGCUGUCAAAUACUGCCAACUUUUCAAGACAUACAAUCACAGAAACAAUUCUAAAGGUUUUUAAAAUAAGAAUUUGUUGUCAUAAAAUGCUCUUUGGAAAAAAUAAAUUAUGUGAUUACAUAAGCAUUAGAAAACAGUGGCCCAAGUAAACAAAGUUAAGGCAUGGAAGUCAUAAAAUUAUUAUUUUUUUUAAACUUAAGUAUUUAUGUGAAGUCCUUCAUAUCAAAUGGUUGCUGUACAGAGUAAUCUGGCACAAAGCUUUGUUCUCUCAAACUGAACCUUUGAAAGGGGAAUAAGUAGUGGUGUCUGUUCCAACGUGACAAAAGCAUCUGCCUCUUUUCGUCUCGUGCGUUGCAGCAAAGCACCUGGGUUCCUAGGGCUUUCAGAGCUGGCUUCAUGAUGGCUUCUCUUCAGCAGCCUUGCCCUUUACUGUGUGACUGAUGUACGUGUGGAGUGAGAGAGUCUUCCCAGUCCUCAGUAGAAUGGCUGACCUCUAAAAGCUGCAUAAAGGAAUUUGCAUGACCUCAGAACUCCCUUUUCUCACAUUAACGUCUUUACAGACAUACUUGAAGACUUUACAACCGAACGGUAGCAUCUGUGACCUGAUGUAGAUAUUUAAAUGUUCUUUAUCAUAACAUUACCAAGCUUUCCCUGUGGUACUUAAAGCAUAGCUAAUAAAACAUAAUCCCUAGUAUGUCAUAACAUUAUAUGUGUUCUGUAGCUCCUGUUGUGUGCCUUAUGAGUUUGCCAAGAUUAUACAAAAACCAUGUGUAUAAUACUUGUCCAAUGUAUUCCAUUUAAGUAAAUUGCAUUUUACUAGA